AUGGCGGAUUACGAUGAAGCUUAUGAGGAGGAGUUUUACGACGAUGCGGACGAGGGCAUCACCUCCGAAGAUUGCUGGACCGUGAUCUCUUCGUUCUUUGACUCGAAGGGUCUUGUGUCUCAGCAGCUGGACUCAUUCGACGAAAGGCGAUGGUGCGACUACCAUCAUGUUGCCACAAGAAGCGCGUCUCCGAAACCUCACCUACGCCUCCCCCUCUACCUCGAGGUGACAAAGAAGAUCAUGGAAGGUCGCGAGCGAUCAUCCAAUCCCGAUGAUGACGAUGCGAACGAAGGCGAUGGUGAUCAAAAGAACCGCGGCACAUACCUCCAGUGGGAGCAGAAGCACCUUCCUGGAGACACGGGCAAGGAAGAGACAGUUUUCAUCGGAAAGAUGCCCAUUAUGCUCAAGUCCAAGUACUGUAUCUUGAAGGACCUAAGCGAAGCGUCUCUUUACAACUGGAAUGAAUGCCCUUACGACUCCGGUGGUUACUUCGUUAUUAACGGCAGUGAGAAGGUUUUGAUCGCACAGGAACGCAGUGCUGGAAACAUUGUCCAGGUCUUCAAGAAGGCUCCUCCCAGUCCCACGCCGUACGUCGCCGAAAUUCGAAGUGCUGUGGAAAAGGGCUCGCGACUUCUCUCUCAGCUUUCUUUGAAGCUCUUCGCCAAGGGAGACAGUGCCAAGGGUGGAUUUGGCCCGACGAUUCGCUCGACCCUCCCAUAUGUUCGUGCUGAUAUCCCGAUUGUCGUCGUUUUCCGUGCGCUGGGCGUCGUAUCCGACGAAGAUAUUCUGAACCACAUUUGUUACGAUCGCAAUGAUACUCAGAUGCUAGAGAUGCUCAAGCCUUGUAUCGAGGAAGGUUUCGUUAUUCAGGACCGUGAAGUGGCCCUUGACUUUAUCGCCAAGCGUGGCUCCUCACAGUCGAAUCUGAACCACGACCGACGUGUGCGGUAUGCCCGUGAUAUUAUGCAGAAGGAAUUGCUGCCUCACAUUUCGCAAAGCGAGGGCAGUGAAACCCGUAAGGCAUUUUUCUUGGGAUACAUGGUGCACAGACUUCUUCAGUGUGCCCUGGGUCGUACCGACGUGGAUGAUCGUGAUCACUUCGGAAAGAAGCGUCUUGACUUGGCUGGUCCCCUUCUGGCCAACCUUUUCCGUGUUCUUUUCACGCGAGUGACCCGUGACCUUCAGCGUUACGUGCAGCGCAGUGUCGAGACCAACCGUGAGAUCUACCUCAACAUUGGUAUCAAGGCGGCCACCCUCACAGGAGGUCUGAAGUAUGCUCUUGCUACCGGUAACUGGGGCGAGCAGAAGAAGGCCGCCAGCGCCAAGGCUGGUGUGUCCCAGGUGCUGAGUCGUUACACUUUCGCAUCUUCAUUGUCCCAUUUGCGACGUACCAACACACCCAUUGGCAGAGAUGGAAAGAUUGCCAAACCACGUCAACUACACAACACCCAUUGGGGUUUGGUCUGUCCAGCUGAGACACCUGAAGGUCAAGCUUGUGGUCUAGUCAAGAACUUGGCCCUCAUGUGCUACAUCACUGUUGGUACGCCGAGUGAGCCCAUCAUUGAUUUCAUGAUUCAGCGAAAUAUGGAAGUUCUUGAGGAGUUCGAACCUCAGGUCACGCCAAAUGCAACUAAGGUGUUUGUCAACGGUGUCUGGGUUGGUAUUCACAGAGACCCUUCGCAUCUUGUCGCUACAAUGCAGAACCUUCGUCGACGAAACAUGAUCUCGCACGAGGUCAGUUUGAUUCGUGACAUCCGUGAGCGUGAAUUCAAGAUUUUCACCGACACCGGUCGUGUGUGCCGUCCCCUGUUCGUUAUCGACAAUGACCCCAAGAGUGAGAACUCUGGUGGGUUGAUCCUCAACAAGGAGCAUAUUCGCAAGCUUGAGCAAGAUAAGGACCUACCCGCCGAUAUGGAUCCAGAGGAACGUCGCGAGCAGUACUUCGGAUGGGAUGGUCUAGUUCGCUCUGGUGCAGUUGAAUAUGUGGAUGCUGAAGAAGAGGAGACUAUCAUGAUUGUCAUGACGCCCGAAGAUCUUGAGAUCUCCCGACAACUCCAGGCUGGUUACGCUCUGCCCGAGGACGAGACCAACGAUCCCAACAAGCGCGUUCGCUCGAUUCUCAGCCAGCGUGCCCACACUUGGACACAUUGUGAGAUUCACCCGAGUAUGAUCCUGGGAGUUUGCGCCAGUAUCAUUCCUUUCCCCGAUCACAACCAGUCGCCACGUAACACAUACCAAUCUGCCAUGGGUAAGCAAGCCAUGGGUGUUUUCUUGACGAACUUUGCACAGCGCAUGGAGACCAUGGCGAACAUUCUUUACUACCCUCAGAAGCCUCUGGCCACUACUCGCUCAAUGGAGUUCCUGCGUUUCCGUGAAUUGCCUGCCGGUCAGAACGCCAUUGUCGCUAUCGCUACAUACUCCGGAUACAACCAGGAAGAUUCCGUCAUCAUGAACCAGAGCAGUAUCGAUCGUGGUUUGUUCCGCAGUUUGUUCUACCGAACCUACACGGAUACCGAGAAGAUGGUCGGCCUUUCAGUGGUUGAGCGCUUCGAGAAGCCUAUGCGCACUGACACCAUUGGCAUGCGCAAGGGUACCUACGACAAGUUGGAUGACGAUGGAAUUGUUGCACCCGGUGUGCGUGUUUCUGGAGAAGAUAUCAUUAUUGGAAAGACUGCUCCCUUGGCCCCUGAUGCUGAAGAGCUCGGCCAGCGUACCAAGGCGCACACCAAGAUUGACGUUUCGACACCACUCCGAAGCACUGAGAAUGGUAUUGUUGACCAGGUGUUGAUCUCGACGGGUAACGACGAUCUCAAGUUCGUCAAGGUCCGCAUGCGUACCACCAAGAUUCCCCAGAUCGGUGACAAGUUCGCCUCUCGUCACGGUCAGAAGGGUACCAUUGGUAUUACUUAUCGUCAGGAGGACAUGCCCUUCACUCGUGAAGGUGUGGUGCCCGACCUGAUUAUCAAUCCCCACGCUAUUCCUUCUCGAAUGACCAUUGCCCAUUUGAUCGAGUGUCAAUUGUCCAAGGUCUCAGCUCUGCGUGGUUUCGAGGGUGAUGCUACUCCUUUCACCGAUGUCACUGUCGACUCAGUUUCCCGUUUGCUGCGUGAACACGGCUACCAGUCUCGUGGAUUCGAGGUCAUGUACAACGGACACACUGGUCGCAAGAUGGUUGCCCAGGUCUUCCUAGGACCCACCUACUACCAGCGUCUGCGCCAUAUGGUCGACGACAAGAUCCACGCCCGUGCCCGUGGUCCUACCCAGAUUCUGACCCGCCAGCCUGUCGAGGGUCGUGCUCGUGAUGGUGGUCUCCGUUUCGGAGAGAUGGAGCGCGAUUGUAUGAUCGCCCACGGUGCCAGUGCAUUCUUGAAGGAGCGUCUGUUCGAUGUCUCGGAUCCGUUCCGUGUGCACAUUUGCGACGACUGCGGUUUGAUGACUCCUGUUGCUAAACUGAAAAAGGGUCUAUUCGAGUGUCGACUGUGCAAUAAUAAGCACCGCAUCUCGCAAGUGCACAUUCCCUACGCCGCCAAGCUUCUGUUCCAAGAGCUGGCCUCCAUGAACAUUGCCGCCCGGAUGUUUACCAAUCGGUCCGGGGUGUCAGUGCGGUGA